CGUUCGUGCAGUGCGAGGUGUCCCUCCCAGGCUCCCACCUCUGCCAUGGCGACCGGGCUAGGAGUCGCCGCGAAGGCCGUGCUGCUGGCGCUGGCGCCGGUGGUGAUUUCCGUGGCGCUGUACAGCCCGGAGGACUUCUCUCCGGCGGCGCUGCCGCCCGAGCACAGCUUCGGCGCCGACGUGUCCGCGCCGCGGCACGACGCCCGCGUGCUGGCCACGAGCGAGCGGAUCGGGGAGGGGCUGCUCCCGGGCCCCGAGGACCUGGCGUACGACGCCGCCGGCGGGUGGCUGUACACGGGGUGCGCCGACGGGUGGGUCCGCCGGGUGAGCGUGCCUGGCGGGGACGUGGAGGACUGGGCCUACACCGGCGGCCGGCCGCUCGGCGUCGUGCUCUCGGGCGACGGCGGCGUCGCCGUGGCCGACGCGGAUAAGGGUUUGCUGAAGGUGAGGCCGGACAAGACGGUGGAGCUGCUGACGGACGCGGCGGAGGGCCUCAAGUUCGCCCUGACGGACGGCGUGGACAUCGCCGCCGACGGCACCAUCUACUUCACCGACGCCUCGUACAAGUACAGCCUCGCGCACCACUUUCUGGACGUGCUCGAGGCACGGCCCCACGGCCGGCUCAUGAGCUUCGACCCCUCCACGCGCCGGACCUCCGUGCUCGCCCGCGACCUCUACUUCGCCAACGGCGUCGCCGUCGCGCCGGACCAAGACUCACUCAUCUUCUGUGAGACAGUCAUGAGGAGGUGCUCGCGGUACCACAUCAGGGGGAACAAGGCAGGCACGGUGGAGAGCUUCAUCGACAGCCUGCCGGGGCUCCCGGACAACAUCCGAUACGACGGCGAGCAGGGCCGGUACUGGAUCGCGCUCUCGGCGGGGAGGACGCUGCAGUUGGACGUGUUGAUGUGGUCGCCAUUGGUGCGGAAGCUCGUGUACAUGGUGGAGAAGUACGUGAUGGCGGUGCCGCAGGGCCUGAGGGACUCGGGGACGAUGAGCGUGGCUCUAAACGGGGAGCCGGUAACCAUGUACACUGACCCGGGGCUCGCGCUCGCCACCGGCUGGCUCAAGGUCGGGGGCUACCUCUACUACGGGUCGCUGGCAAGCUCCUACAUCAGCAGGGUCGACCUCACCAAAUCAUCCAUCCAAGCCUAGCUAGGACGGUCCGCUCACUCAUCCUCUCUGGAUUGAGUAAUUGUUCGUUCUCAUGGACAUCAUGAUGAACUCGUGGUGCUUUUUUUUUUGAAGGGGAGUUGUGCUUUUUUUCAGUACUAUUCCCUCCGUCCCAUAAUAUAAAAGCAUUUAAUGUCUAAAACAUCCUUAUAUUAUGAGACGAAGGGAGUAGAUAAUACCCCACAUCUGUUGUAGAAAUAUUUUGCAACGUAUUUUAAUAAUAUAUGACUAGCACA